GGAACCGUAGCCUAGCAACGGCGGCGCGAGCUUGUCUCCAAGGCAACUGUCCACAACGCAGACGCCGGACACUCGGCACUUGGGUCUCUCCCCGAAGUCAAGUGGGGCUGCUGCUCGGUGCUGCGUCGCUUACCUUUGGCAGAGUCACUGUAUCGCCAUGGGGGUUGCGUUGACUCGAGCUGCGCAGUGGACAGCGGCUGGCAUCGGCGUCGGAAAAUUGGAAUUUACACCCUUGAACGUGUCCCUGCUGAAUGACAUAAUUAAAUUUGUUGAAAAUGUGAGCUCCAAGUAUCCCCAAGAAGCAGCCUUAAUGUUUCGAGAACCACUGGAAUGGUCGACAGGAGUGGAGGUGAUCGCAUUUGGUUCAGAUUAUGAACUUAGUGAUGGGACUUUAGUAUCAAAAGAAAAGAUAGAUGGCAUCCCUUUGCUGAAUUUUCAGUCUUCUACUGGCAUCAUUAAAGUAUAUGCCUUUAACCAGCUGGCUAAGUUUCUGGAAAUAGCUCAGAAGGAGAAACUGAAAGAAACACAAGCUUGUUUGGAAGCAAAUAGAGAUCCGAUAGCAAAGAUUCUAGGCCCAAGUUUUGCUACAGUGGAAGGAGAGGACAGCUCAAUGCUGCGCUUACUGGAAAAAGUGAAGAAAGACAAUGAAGACCCUCAGGCUGAAGUUCAAAUGAAGUUAUUUCUUCUUCUCCAGCAGCUGGAUAUGCAGCUUCUUAAUACUUGUUUACAGAAAAUUUCGCAAGAAGUACGACUGAGCCCUCAAUCUAUAAAGAAUGAUGUGCAAUUGCUCCAAUCUUUCUCUGGUGAAGAAGACAAGUCAGUUUUAAAAUCUAUCAGAUACACAUCAGAAUAUGUAUUUUCUAAUGGAUGCAGAGCGCCACCAUGGAGGCAGGUAUAUGGAGAUAUUUGCUACCUCAUUAUUAUUACACAUGACAUGGAUGUCUUGUAUGUCACCUGUAGCACAGCUGGAGUUUUUGAAAAUGGGGGUUUUAAGAAGGACAGUGAAGAUAUUAUCUACGACAGAAAAGGUGAUAUCUAUAAGGAUCUUAUUACAUUUCUGAGAGUAAAGUCGCCUACUUUUGCAGAAAAUCUUACACAGGUUCAACAGAACUUUGCACUACAAAAGAAACUCACAGCUUCUCGUAAGACUCAGAAAAUGGAAGUACCUACUAAUGAUGAAAUGGAUUUAGGUGAAAAGUUUAAAGAUUAUCAGGACAAGAAUAAACUUGAGAGAAAAAGGCAAUCUGCAAAGUCUAAGAUAAAGGAUGCAAAGAAAGAAGAAAAUAUCCUUAAGAUCAAGGAGUCAUCUCAUCAGCAGAUCUUCAAAGAUGACAAAACUCAACAGAAAGAUCAGACUACCAGCAAUAUUAAAGAAGGCAAAGAAAAUGGUGAAAUAAUUCCAACCAGGCGAUACAAGUGCAAAGAAUCUAAAGAAAGGAAAUCUUCGUUGAAGAGAACAGGUUCUCUAGAGGCAGAAGACAUGGAUGAGAGUUCUACAGAUAGUGAGGAAGAGCAACUAGAUAUGGAUAGACAAAAGGAAUCCAGCACUGAUUUGCCUUCUGAAUAUUGGCAGAUUCAGAAAGUGGUGAAAUACCUGAAGGGCGGCAACCAAACAGCUACUGUUAUUGCCUUGUGCUCACUGAAGGACUUUAACUUAUCUAGUGAAACAUGCCAGUCGGCCAUUCGAGAUGUGGGUGGUCUUGAAGUUCUAAUUAACUUGCUUGAUACAGACGACAUCAAAUGCAAGGUUGGUUCUUUAAAGAUUUUGAAAGAAAUUAGUAAAAAUCCACAAAUCCGGCGAUGCUUGGCAGAACUUAGGGGUUUACAGACUAUGGUGAAAAUCUUGGACUCCUCCAAUAAAGAUCUCAAAUGUUUGGCUGCUGAAACUAUUGCCAAUAUAGCCAAGUUCAAAAAAGCAAGACAGACUGUCAGACUUCAUGGUGGAAUUCAACGUCUGGUUGGUCUUUUGAAAUGUGAUCCAAUCCUUUCAUCUAAUCUAACUGCAGAGCAAAAGAAAGAUAUUGAAGUUGCACGUUGUGGUGCUCUUGCACUUUGGAGCUGCAGUAAAAGUAAAAAAAAUAAGGAAGAAAUCCGUAGAUCGGGUGGUAUUCCUCUGCUGGGUCACCUGUUGAAGUCUCCUCAUGAAAACAUGCUUAUUCCAGUUGUCGGCACAUUACAAGAAUGUGCUUCAGAGCCGAGUUAUAGUUUGGCUAUUCGAACAGAAAAUAUGAUUAAGGAUCUGGUGCGAAAUCUUAGCAGUGAAAGUGAGGAACUUCAAAUGCAUUGUGCCCGUGCCAUUUUCAAGUGUGGAGAGGAUAAGGAAACACGUGAUCUUGUUCGAGCUCACAACGGACUGGAACCACUGGUAAAACUCUUCAACAGGUCUGACAACAAAGAAUUGUUAGCAGCUGCUACAGGAGCUGUCUGGAAAUGUGCCAUAAGUAUGGAGAAUGUAGACAGGUUUAAAAACCUGAAGAUUGUUGAAACAUUGAUUAAUCUGCUGGUUGGUCAACCUGAAGGAGUCCUUAUCAAUGUCGUCGGAGCCUUGGGUCAAUGUGCACGAGACCAGACUAUUCGAGCUGCUAUCAGAAAAUCUGAAGGAAUCGAACCUUUGGUUAAUCUUUUAACUGGAACAAAUAACGCUCUUCUUGUAAAUGUCACCAAAGCAGUGGGUGAAUGUGCUGUUGAUCCUGAAAAUAUGGCGAUAAUCGAAUCUCUAGAUGGAGUUCGGUUACUAUGGUCUUUGCUCAAAAAACCUAAUCCAGAUAUUCAAUCAAGUGCAGCAUGGGCAAUCUGUCCAUGUAUAGAAAAUGCCAAGGAAGCUGGAGAGAUGGUUCGUUCCUUUGUUGGUGGUCUGGAAUUAAUUGUUAAUUUACUAAAAUCUGACAACAUAGAGGUUCUGGCCAGUGUUUGCGCGGCUUUAGCCAAAAUAGCCAUGGAUGAAGAAAACCUAGCAGUUAUAACAGAUCAUGCAGUUGUUCCAAUGUUAUCAAGUUUAACAUACAUAAAAGAUGAUAUGCUUCGCCAGCAUUUAGCAGAUGCUAUUGCUUGCUGCUGCAAGUGGGGUAACAACAGGGUUGCCUUUGGACAAACCGGAGCUGUGGCCCCUCUGGUUCAUUAUCUGAAAUCAAAAAAUCCUCUUGUGCAUCGUGCUACAGCACAAGCCCUACACCAACUCUCGUUUGAUCCUAAAAAUUGUAUAACAAUGCAUGAGAAUGGUGUGGUUAGGCUGCUUUUGAAUUUGAUGGAAUCCACGGAUGAAACUCUACAGGAAGCGGCUGCUGGUUGCAUUUCAAACAUUCGACGGCUUGCCCUGGCUAAUGAGAAAGCUCGCUACAAGUAAAAGCAGUGUACAUUCCAUUACCUUUCUCAGGAACAAUUACCUGUACAGGUAUAAUAAAAGAAAGAUUUACUAUGUACUCCUGCUGGAUGUGCAUGAAAGAGAUUCUGCAUGAGCUGAA